CAAACUCUAAAUGAACCGGUUUUAAUUGUAAACCAGUCUAUUGUGUUUUACGUUGGAGAUUUCCGGUUGAAAAUAUUUUUAAAAUUGAACUUUUAAAAUAUAUAUUGCUUUGUUGAUUGCACUUCCAAUGGCUGAAAUACACGUUAGUAGGAAACAGACACCCAGUGAAUUUUUAAAACAAAUUAUUGGACGUCCUGUUAUGGUGAAGCUGAACUCUGGCGUUGAUUAUAGAGGAGUGCUGGCUUGUCUUGACGGCUACAUGAACAUAGCUCUCGAACAGACAGAGGAGUACGUUAAUGGUCAACUCAAAAACAAAUAUGGAGAUGCUUUCAUCCGAGGAAAUAAUGUGUUGUAUAUCAGCACACAGAAGAGAAGAGUGUAGGCGAUGAGAACAGUGGAAUACCACGAUCUCGUGUCACCAUUUUGUACAGAGCAUAUUACUGGAAUGUCAUCAUCUGUAACUACCUAACAGUGUGUAAAGCAUAUUGCAGAACUGUCGUCAUCUGUAGCUACCUAACAGCGUGUAAAGCAUAUUGCAGAACUGUCGUCAUCUGUAGCUACCUAACAGCGUGUAAAGCAUAUUGCAGAACUGUCGUCAUCUGUAGCUACCUAACAGUGUGUAAAGCAUAUUGCAGAACUGUCGUCAUCUGUAGCUACCUAACAGUGUGUAAAGCAUAUUGCAGAACUGUCGUCAUCUGUAGCUACCUAACAGCGUGUAAAGCAUAUUGCAGAACUGUCAUCAUCUGUAACUAUGAUCGUUCAUAACACAUCGCUGGAAUUUUGUCUUGUGUUGUCAGUCUUGUAUAGUUGUCGUCAUCAAGCUCAUUGUCUGUUGUGACAAUUUUGAGGAUGUAUUAAUAUCUCACAAGAACAUAUUUUUUUCCUUUUUAUCAUUUUUGGACUUGUGUGUGUAUAUAGAUCUCAUUUAUCUAUUGAACCAGUAAAUGACACUGUAACAGUUAUUACUUCCAAGUUUGGAGUGUUCUUCUGUUACAGUAAGUGUCAUGAUUAGCUAAUUAUUUUCAUGCGACUCCGGUAAAAGUACCUCUGAAGAAUAUGAAACAUUUGCAAAUGAUGUACAGUUACAAGUUAUAAAUGCUUUGCGGCAGUUUCAGAGUGACUGGUGUAGAAGCCAUUUUAUUUCAGAUACUUUAAAAAUGGAUUUUAAAAACAGUUUUACCAUUGUAAAAGUUGCGCUGGGGAUGUUCCACCAAGAGCUCAGUUUCAAGGACUGAAAUGUUAAGCUUGUGUUGUUUUGAUGGACAAGACUUGUGAAUAAAAAUGAGAGAUUU